UCAAGCAUGGCAGCGUUUGCAGUGGCAAGGCCCUCACCGCUUCUGUUGUUAUCGGGACAAAGGGGUUUCAAUUUCAAAUUCAGACCUCUCUCUGCUUCAUCUGCACCUUCUAGAAAGCUUGUCCUCUACUCAAAACCAGGUUGCUGUUUGUGCGAUGGUCUCAAAGACAAGCUUCACGCUGCAUUCUCCCUGUCCGGUCCUGAUUCCCUUCACGAUAUCCAUUUUCAGAUAAGGGAUAUAACGACCAAUCCCGAGUGGGAAAGAGCUUACCAAUACGAAAUUCCUGUGUUGGCUAAAGUGCUCGCCGAUGGCACCGAGGUGGCUUUACCGCGAUUGUCCCCACGUCUAGGAGUGGAGCUCCUCCAGAAAAAGAUUGCCGCUGCUUUGAAACAAUAGUAGAGGCCAGUUCCGGACUCUGAGGCAUGAAAAAAUGUUUGUUUUGUAACGUUACGAUUAUCAUUUAACACCAUGUUUGUAAAUUAUAUUUUUAGUAUUCCAUUAUUUUUAAAUAUUUUGUCAAGUUUUCUGUGUUGAAUAAAUAAAUUACUGAA